GGCAAGAAGGCAAGGGAGGCAGCCAUGUCGCGCGACGCCGAAGAAGUCAACAAGCUCACCGAGAACACCUACAAAAAUGUUAUGGAACAGUUCAAUCCCGGGCUGCGGAAUUUAAUAAACCUGGGCAAGAACUAUGAAAAGGCCGUCAGCGCGAUGAUCCUGGCGGGGAGGUCCUACUACGACGGCGUCGCCAAAAUCGGAGACAUUGCCGUCGCGUCGCCUGUUUCUAAAGAACUGGGACACAUCCUCAUAGAGAUUUCUAUCGCACAGAAGAAACUCAAUGACAGAUUAGACGAAAGUUUCAAGAAAUUCCAUAAAGAGAUCAUAUCUGAGCUGGAGAAGAAAACCGAACUCGACGUCAAAUACAUGAACUAUGUGGAAACGGUGACUUGUCGGCAAAGCGACAUCCAGAGGUUCAUUGCCGAAGGCUGCCGGGAGGCUCUCCUGGAAGAGAAGAAGAGGUUCUGCUUCCUCGUUGACAAGCACUGCAGUUUCGCUCAGCAUAUGCACUACUAUCAUGUGGAGUGCUCGGAGCUGCUGAGCGCCAAGUUGCCCGGGUGGCAGGAGACCUGCGGGGACGCCACCAAAGUGCCGGAGAAGGUCAUGACGAUGAUCGAGGAGAUCCGCACCCCGGGAUCCACGCCCGUCUCCGGGACGCCCGUCCCCUCGCCCAUGAUCGAGAGGAACAGCCUGAUGCUGAUCGGGAACCACUACGACUCGGUGCAGAGGACGUCGCCCAAAGUGCCGCCUGCGCCCGCCGGAAGGGCCUUCACCAGCCCCUUGGUCGACAUGUUCAACCACCCCCCCACCGCCACGAAGGCCGGCCCCGACAGGAUGGACCAGGCCACAGACCGUGGUGAGGACUCCAGCCUGUCGCGCUCGGCCUCGGUGGCCACAGGGCUGAACAUGAUGAGGAGGCCACGCGUGAGGACCAUCUUCCCGCACACGGCCGGGAGCAACAAGACGCUGCUCAGCUUCGCCCAGGGAGACACCAUCACGCUCCUGGUCGCCGAGGAACGCGACGGCUGGCUCUACGGGGAGCACGACGGCACCAAAGUGAAAGGAUGGUUCCCCUCGUCGUACACAAAGCCGCUGGAAGAUCCCGUGGAGGCCGUUCCCGUGCCCGCACCAAGCGCGUCGGUGCCCGUCCGCAGCGUCAGCUCCGUCAACCUGGCCGAGAGGAGCGCGGUCGUCCUUCCGCCGGCAGAUUACUUGUCCGCCGGCGGGCACGCCAAGGCCGCCUCGGAAGGAAGAGUGGACGCCACGGCGGCCAAGAACAAGGCCCUGAUGAAAAGCCCGCUGGCCAAAGCGGAAGACGCGGCCGCCAUCCACAAACCGGACAUGAAUGGCAUCGGGAAGCCUCCGUUCCUCAGUGGCGAAAACCCCUUUGCGACGGUGAAGCUCCGCCCAACCGUCACCAAUGACCGGUCGGCCCCGAUCCUCCGAUGAGCGAGACGCCCCUCCUUGUAAAUCGCGAGACGUCGUGGGCAACAUGGAUCCGUGUUCUGCCUGGCCUUUGGGAAAGUGUAUUUAAGUGCAACGAGUGUGUACAGUAGAAAGCAAAGGGUUUCCUCGCCCUCAAGCAUGGCUGCUUCCUCCGUUUGCUAAUUAUUAUUAUUAUUGAUGAUGAUGAUGAUGAUGCUGAAACCCCUUGAUUGGGUCUAUGGGUACGUUCCAAUUAUUUAAUAAAGAGGCGUGUAGAGAUUUUUAGAGCGGUGCCAUGGAAGAAGAAUUGCCUUAAUAGAUGUGUGUAUAUUAUACAUAGGACACAACGGGGGGCAAAGAACCCGUUUCGUGACGGCGAUGAAUGUCUGCAGCUACGGCCGGAGUAAAUAUUUAUAAUCGGAGGGUGUCAUUAUAUUCUGUAACAUAAUAAUAUUGGUUUUUUUGUUGACACGGUCUGCAAUACAUCCAAGCACAACAGAACUCGCGGCGUAUUGUUUUGGGGACGAUUCUAUUGAAUGCUAAUCUGCCGAGAUGAAUUGUUGUGAACAGAAACAACCGCAAUGUGUGGUUGAGAGGCACGCUCAUAAUUACACUGAUUGCAAUUGUUUUUAAAUGUGUGCAUUCUGAGGUUUUAUCCGGCGGGACGCCUUCUCCUCCUCGGCCAGGAAAGAGCGUCUCGUCGCCUUUUAGGAAUUGAUCUUGCGAGUGUUUUGUAUUGAACGAGAAUCUACUGCUGCUGCAUCUGCGUCGUUUCUUCCGCUUUGCUUUUCCUGUGACUCCGGCAGAGAAUCGGUACGCACUGUCGCCCGUUCCGAGGACGACACUCAAGAGUUUUACUAAAAUCAAUAAAAAUGGGAUUAAAUUGUUGUUUUGGUGCCAA